GUGGGUCCCACCCCACACACUUUCCCCAAUCCAGCCCGAGCUUGAAGAAGAGCUGCUGCCUCCCCACUCUCUCUCACCCCUCAAGCUCCCCCCUCAAAUCCUCUCCAAAAGGCAUGGCUUCAUCCGGUUCCAGGACGAGGCCACCGUGCGCGGACCAAGAGGACAUGCCGAAGACGUGGUUGGAGGCCAGUUUGGACAAGAAGAAGGAGAAGGAUGUGCCCACACCACCAUGUUGGUGUGGUGAUGUUUGCAAGCUGAAGGUGUCCACUGACCGCAACAAGUCAUGGACAGAAGGUAGAAGGUUUUUCGUGUGUCCCAACUAUGCACAUGAUCGUCGAAGGCCAACUAACGCAUAUGACAUACCACCGUCCCCUCCUCCACUUUGCAAGUACUUCACUUGGAUAGAUCACGAGGUACCAAAAGAUAUCCAAGAGGACCAACGUGCAGAUUGGUUACGGAGGCAGCGCCUAUUCGAGGAGUCCUAUGCACGGGGAUUGGAGCGGGAGCGUCGUGAGAAGGAGGCUCGUGAGCGCAAGAAGCGUGAGCAAGAGAGGGCACGCAAAGAGAAGGCGGCUCGUCAAGAAGAGAGGGAAAGCAAACUUGCAAGGGCUCGCGAUGCACGAGAGGAGGACGAGGCACGUGACAAGAAGGGAAAGUGGCCCCGGACUACUCAGUAG